GAGACUCCAAACCACCUCUUGACAAUGGGCAACUGGGUGGUUAACCACUGGUUCUCAGUUUUGUUUCUGGCUACUUGGUUGGGGCUGAAUGUUUUCCUGUUUGUGCAUGCCUUCCUGUCAUAUGAAAAAGCCGAUAAGUACUUCUAUACAAGAGAAAUCCUGGGGUCGGCGUUGGCCUGGGCCCGAGCCUCUGCUCGCUGCCUGAAUUUUAACAGCACACUGAUCCUGCUUCCUGUGUGUCGAAAUCUGCUGUCCUUCCUGAGGGGCACCUGCUCAUUUUUCAGGCAUGCCCUGAGAAAGCAACUGGAUCACAAUCUCGCCUUCCACAAACUGGUAGCAUAUAUGAUCUGCCUACACACAGCUAUUCAUAUCAUUGCACACCUGUUCAACUUUGAACACUACAGCAGAAGCCGAUGGGCCACAGAUGGAUCCCUUGCUUCCAUUCUCUCCACCCUAUCUCAACAAGAGAGAGAUGAAGAUUCUUGGAUAAAUCCUAUCCAGUCCCCAAACAUGACAGUGGAGUAUGUGACAUUUACCAGCAUCACUGGUGUCACUGGAGUGAUCAUCACAAUAGCUCUGGUUCUCAUGGUGACUUCAGCUAUGGAGUUUAUCCGGAGGAGUUAUUUUGAGGUCUUCUGGUAUACUCAUCAUAUUUUUAUCGUCUACUUCAUUGGUUUAGGGAUUCAUGGCAUUGGUGGAAUUGUCCGGGGUCAAACAGAAGAGAGCCUGAAUGAGAGUCAUCCACACAGGUGUGCAGAAUUUUUCGAGCAGUGGGAUGAUCAUGACUCCCACUGCAAGCAUCCCCGAUUUGAAGGGCUCCCUGCUGAGUCUUGGAAGUGGAUACUUGCACCAGGCAUUCUUUAUAUCUUUGAAAGGAUUCUCCGAUUUUAUCGUUCAAAGCAGAAGGUUGUGAUUACCAAGGUUGUCAUGCACCCAUCCAAAGUUUUGGAAUUGCAGAUGAGCAAGCGUGGCUUCAUCAUGGAAGUGGGACAGUAUAUUUUUGUUAAUUGUCCUUCAAUCUCUUACUUGGAAUGGCAUCCCUUUACUCUGACCUCUGCUCCAGAGGAAGACUUCUUCUCCAUUCAUAUCAGAGCAGUGGGAGACUGGACAGAAAAUCUCAUAAGGGCUUUUGAGCAACAACAUUCACCAAUUCCCAGGAUUGAGGUGGAUGGUCCCUUUGGCACUGUCAGUGAAGAUGUUUUCCAGUAUGAAGUGGCUGUGUUGGUUGGAGCAGGAAUUGGGGUCACCCCCUUUGCUUCCAUCUUAAAAUCUAUCUGGUACAAGUUUCGGCACGCAGAUCACAACCUUAAAACACAAACGAUCUAUUUCUUCUGGAUCUGCAGGGAGACAGGUGCCUUUGCCUGGUUCAGUGACCUAUUGGCUUCUCUGGAACAUGAGAUGGAAGAAAUAGGCAAAGUGGAUUUUCUAAACUACCGUCUCUUUCUCACCGGAUGGGACACCAACAUCGCUGGUCAUGCCGCAUUAAACUUUGACAAGGCCACUGACAUCCUGACAGGUCUGAAACAGAAAACCUCAUUUGGGAGACCCAUGUGGGACAAUGAGUUUUCUACAAUAGCUAAUGCCCACCCCAAGUCCGUGGUGGGAGUCUUUUUAUGUGGUCCUCAGACUUUGGCAAAGAGCCUGAGCAAAUGCUGUCACCAGUACUCCAGUCUAGAUCCUAGGAAGGUUCAAUUCUACUUCAACAAAGAAGAUUUCUGA